GCAUUUUGUUUCGCGUGGUCGUUCUGGGUCGUCCCCCCGAAGCUCGUUGAAUGAAGAUAACCGUCGCGUAGCGCGGACAGCUGCAUUGGCCGCGGCCUUGACGCCUGCAGAGCGAUACUCUAGUCGCAUACACUUUUGCAUGCUAGCUGACCACAUAGUGGUAGUGUCAGUAGAGUUGGUGCGUCCGAGUCUUCGGCCAGGGAGCGGCGACCUGCUGAAGAGGAGACGGUGACCAUGGCUUGGCGAACGUGCGCGAUCGCGCUGCUUUGCACCGCGCUGUCGUGCGCGCUCGCCGACGAAAUGCCCGGAUAUGCAUUCACAGAGCUCUGCCAGAACCAGUCGGCCCCCCUCACGGUCCGCAAAGCGGCUCUCGUGUGGCUCAACAGCUCGCAAGAAGAGUGCAGUGUGCCCAUCCGCUUUCCAUCUGGGCUUCUCGUCACGGUCGUCUCGCUAAACUUGACGACUUCGGCAAACUGCACUAACAGUUAUCUCAGUGUGAUGGCUGGUAAUGAAGUAGUGCCCGGAGGAGGGCCAUUCUGUGGCCACCGUGAAGAUAGCCGUGAGGCCACGCCAUCUCUGCAGGUAGCAUUCCUGAAACCGCCGGAGAAUGGCUCGGUCAUGCUGAAUGUCAAUGCCACGUCGCCAAGUAGUAACUUCACGUUGGUGCUCACAGCGUUUACAAAUGUGAGCAGUGAUGGCAGCUGCCCCAGCACGAGGCAUGAGUGCUACAACAAGCGUUGCAUCGCUUCGGAUAUCUUCUGUGACGGCCACAAUCAUUGCGGUGGGACGCAGGUCCCGUUGCCAGAGCAGUGUCCCAGUCCUGUUACAGUGGAGGCCACCUGGUGGGCUAUCGGAACAAUCAUCUUUGGCGUCUUUGCGCUCAUCCUGCUUCUGCCGUGUUUUGUGUGGACUGCACUGCGCGGAGGCCAGAACAACGUGACUACUCUGGUGCUUCCCGGUGCCAUGCGCAUUCCGAGCAAGAACGGCUCUCCCAGCUCGGCUGCUGCCGCAGGGACGUCUCCGACGCUGGAGGCACCUUCCGUGAACGACGUUCCGUCGUCCGCCGAUCACCAGCUCUCUGUGGAGUGCGCACCCACGACGAGCGACAAGGCACGGCUCGUGACAUCUUGAAGGCUCGCACGCACCUCGGAAAUUGGUGUACAUAUACUCUUCCCAUGACCUAGAUGGUCGACUUGUUCGUUCGUGGCUCAGUCUUGUUCCAGUGCCCAUCCCAUGUUGUGGAAGAGAAGCCUACGAUCGUGGGAGUUCAGCCUCGGCACACAAUGGCAGGUUUGCCGUGUCAGUCCAAAAUCUUUUAUCAUUCAUUCGGCCACUGGUAUUGAAAAUGCCUACUGGCAUGAGUAUCUUUAUCGUGGCCUCUUUAGUUUCGGACACAGAUUGAGAUGGAUCUUAAGAGCUUUAGUAUAAGCCACAAUUUUUAUGUUUGAUUACCGCACCCUCUAGUUGUUUAACUAUUUAGAAGGGCUGAUUCACUCUGUAAAGUUUUAGAAGCAUUCUGGCACUAAUGAUGACCUGUUUGUUGACAAGGAAGAACUUUGGAAGUCAAGUUGUACACCAGUUCUGGAUGGUGAGUCGUGUAUUGAACGCAUGCGUGAGACGGCGUCGUUUGUGACAUUGUUGGAGACUCUGCUGCUUAGUUAUUUUCUUUUUGUUCAACUGCCACACAUGGGGUCAAACAUUUGCAACCACACUUACUUCUCACUUGGGAGUUACGUCAAGUGGUCCUACCUUGUAAAAAAAAGGCAAUGGGUCGCAAAUUUACGACAAACUUGAGGAAUGGUUUGACAAUCUUUCUUAGCUGUGACUGUACAUUGUCCACUGUUGAAAAUGUUAUAUCUGCAGACAGUAGCUAGAUGGGAAUUAGUAGUAGCUUUUGUUAUCUCUGGUGUAUGUAGUGAACUGCUUUGUUUUGCUGACUUAAGGACUCCUGCCUCAUAUGUAGGUCAUCAUAAGGAUUUUUGUGAGGCCACCCUGCUUGGAUCUAGAUGUAUUGUUUUUAAAACCUUACACUAACUUUAUGAGUCAGUACUGUGUGACUUAAUGUAAUAUUGAAUGGCCAUAUGCAUGGAGAACUGAUGAACGAAUUUGUGAAUGUAAACCAGAGCUAAAGCCUGUAACAAAUUGGAGUCGUGCGAUUUUCAUCCAGUUUUCUGUACCUUUGCCUGUACAUUACGACUUAAAAGCCUUACUUGUUUUUUCGCUCUUCGGGUAAAGAAAUGUACAAAUAUGUGCCUUCCAGCCAGUGUUUGUUCUUUGUCUCUUUAUUAUAGUAUUUUUUGACCGAGCAGGUAUAGUGACAUCAGCACAUGCAACGGUUCCUGUGACACCGGAAGCUUCCGCAUGUUUUAUAGGUACUAACUUACUAAACGAUGUUUCAAUACUCGAGAUCGAGUCAGGUGCAUCAAGAGCCCAAAACAGAUGCCCCCUAACACGCCGUGGUUGUUACAGGUUCAAAUACACAUGCCAUUACUCUACAGUACUUUAUAUUCUCUACCGUUGUCGAAUGCAGCUACGGGCGUGUUUAGCAGCUUACAGUUCAGGCCAACCUACAGUACAUGCACUGUGCAGAAUAUCCACAUUAAUACAGUGCGGCAUUUCUAAAUUCCCAGUUUUUGGUCUGCUCCACUUUCUGCAUCUGGGGUAAGCUCAGCCUUGUGUGCAGGAUUUUACUAACAGCUCUUUUCUAGACAGUGCAGUUUAUCGGGAAUAAUGACUUGUGUGGCCGUAGAGAGGAGUGUGCAUUAUGUCUCAUGCCGGUCAACGUUACGUGCCUAAAAACAUAAAAUGGCACACAACACAAAAGUACACUUAUUCAGCCAUAUGUGUAGCAUUAAUAAAAUGAUGGGCAACGAAUUCGCACUGCACCUUUCAAGUGUUUACAUUCAUGUAACUUUCGUAAUUUAGUCUCACGCAGUGCACAAGAACAUGUCGAAAGGAGAAUACAAAUUUGGUGACCAUAUUGAUUUUUUCAUGCAGUCCACUGCUUGUAUGGUAAGGUGCAGUAGCUUCAAAGUUGGCCAUUUAGUGAUGCAUUAGCAUUCGAUGUUGCAGCUGUUCUGUUAUACCUUGCUGAUGUUAAUGAGCUGACCAGUCCUGCUUUUUUAGUAUACACAUCAUUAGUAUACAUUGUUGUUGUUAAUGAGCUGACCAGUCAUGCAUACAAUCUAUCGGCAGUGCUAACUCGAGCCACUGGUGUAACAUUUCUUGACUAAGCGUCAUAUUUGUUGCUUUAGCAAUUUCGAAGAAAAGACCUUUCUUGGAACUGAUCAAUAGUAAAAUUUUGGAGCCUUUCUGCA